AAAAAUGCAAGAAGACGACUCGGUGAAACCUUUUCAGACCGUCGGCGCUCACAGAGAUCUCAUUCAUUGUGUUUCAUUCGAUCCUCAUGGCCGACGAAUGGCAACAUGUGCCAGCGAUAUGACAAUGGCGAUUUGGGAUCGAAAGCCAGACGGAAAUUGGCGUAGAUCUGCACACUGGAAGUGUCAUGGUGGAGCAGUUUGGCGCGUUAUUUGGGCUCAUCCGGAAUUUGGGCAGAUUGUUGCCACCUGCUCCUACGACAGAACGAUUGUAAUUUGGGAGGAGCAAAUUGUGAGAUCAGAGAAAGAUCUGAAGCAAAAAGAAUCCCAAUGGAUCCGAAGAACAAUCAUCUCCGAUAAUCGUUCAGACGUCACCGAUAUCUGCUUCUCCCCGCGCCAUCUGGGUCUCAUGAUGGCAUCAUGCAACGUUCUCGGAACCGUCAGAAUCUACGAAGCACCGGAUAUUGUGGACGCUUCUCGAUGGAAUCUUAUUCACGAGCUUCAAGCGUUUCAUACCCGAUGUGGAUGUGUCACAUGGUCACUUUCUCGUAUGCACCGCCCGUUGAUUGCUGUUGGUUCGGAUGAGAAGAAGGCAGAGAACAAGAAACGAGUUGUGAUCUAUGAGAAUAUUGAUGGAUUGAGGAAAUGGCAGCGAAUCAACUCAUUAGUCUUCGAUCUACCAUGCCCGAUUACUGAUUUGAAAUUCUCGCCGAUAUCGAUGGUGGAUUCGCAUCAAUUAGCCGUUGCAUCAGGCGAUGUUCACGUCUACAACAUCAAAGUGGCUCGUUCGGCGAUUCUCGAAGAAGACGGUGUCGAGAAUCCGAUUCAGCUGGCGGAUUACAAUCUGAUCAAGGUGGCACUGCUCGGGGAUCAUCGAAAAGCAUGGAGGCUUCGAUAUAAUCUCAUGGGAUCAGUCAUCUCGUCGACGAGCUUGGAUGGAACACUGAGAUCCUGGAAAUCACUCUUCGUGAACCAAUGGGUAAAGCUGAGUGAGAUGAAUGUCGACGACUACGUUCCAUCGCCUGAAGAAGUUCGCGCCUUCAUCUCAUCGAAAACUACCGAACGUCUUCCAUCACAACUCGAGAAAACCUAUUUCUAACGAUAUUUUUCUCUAUUUUUUCUCGCCGAUCAUUUUUUUUCCGAAUGAUUUCUUAUCAAAGCGUGUAUUAUUAUUUGUUAUCAUCAUCUGAAAACUGAAAACCGAGAACAUUAUCACCGAUUUUUUUUUGAUGUUUAAGUAUUUUAUCAAUCUUCUGUUUAAUUUUCAGAUUUUUCAUGCUGAUCGGUUUCUGCAAGAAUUAAACAU